AUGAAAAACGGUCUCAUGUCCGUUGAAGCCACCCUCUCUCUCUUCUCUCAGGUUGUCAAAGCAAUCGAAUACUGCCACUCAAUUGGAAUCGCCCACAAUGACAUUAAAUUAGAAAACGUCUUGUUGUCUAAUGGUUGUGUCAAAUUGGCCGACUUUGGAUUUGCCAAGUCGUCCGAUAUUGUUGCCGAAUCUGAAGAAUUUUGUGGAACCCUCCCAUACGCUGCCCCAGAAGUUAUUAUGGGAAUGGAACACAACGCCAUGAAAGCCGAUAUGUGGAGUAUGGGAGUUAUGCUCUACGUCAUGCUCUUCGGAGCUUUCCCAUUCUCCGAUAGUGACGCUACCUCUAUGGUCCAAUCUCAAAUCUCCAACACCCUCUCUUUCCCAGAAAACACUAACGAAACGUUAAAGUCUCUCAUCUCCUCUAUGCUUGAACCCUCUGUUGAAAAACGCGCUAAUGCAACCUCAGUCCGUCUUGCCUUGAGCCAGUUUUAA